GCUAUUUUCACACAGGCGGUUCAAAUACCUUACGACCUAUCGUCGAAAAAUAAACAGAAGCAAAGAAGGAACGGGGAAAAGGUUUUUCGAUCCAGAUAUCAUUGCACAUUUUGGCUUCAAACACGGCUUAGCAUAACCGGUGGACAAGUAUUUAUUGUAUAGCUUUGCUUGGAUUUGUCAUGGCCAUGAACGACGCAUUAAUUUUCCGAGUUAGUGCAUUCUCCGAGCAAGGGGGAAGGAGAUACAUGGAGGAUGUUAUUGAGUUUAAAGUGGAGUACGAACCGCCUGAGCCAGAGCCAGCAGAGGGUGGUCUGAAUUCGGUAGAACAACAAGGGGAGUCAAAAGUAGAGAAACAGGAGAAUGGUCAUACUGAGCAGACUAUAAUAAGCAAUUCCACCGAAAACGUUCAAGAAUCGGUGCAUGUUAGUGCAAUGUGGACAGAAAACAUAACAUGUGAGAAGCAUGGGGACAUUUCCCAGGCAGAAGUUCCAGCAGUGCACACGGUCGUUCGGAAGUCUGUGGCGUUUUUUGGUGUAUUUGACGGUCACGGAGGGCGAGAAGCUGCUCAUUUUGCCCGAGACAAUCUGUGGGGUAUUCUGAAAAAGCAAAGGGGGUUUUGGUCAGAAGAUCAAGGAGAAGUCUGUGAAGCAAUUCGAAAGGGGUUCAUUGCCUGCCACCAUGAUAUGUGGAAAGAGCUGCCUGAGUGGCCCAAGACUCUGACUGGCCAGCCCAGUACUGCAGGAACAACGGCCAGUAUAGUGCUGAUCCGGGGGGAUCUGAUGUACGUAGCCCAUGUGGGGGACUCGGCAGUGGUUGUUGGGGUGAAAGAGCCCGGUGAAAAGAACAUCAGGGCCUUGGAAGUCACACAGGACCACAAACCUGAACUUCCCAAAGAGAAGGAGCGCAUUGAGAGACUUGGGGGCAGUGUAGUGAAGAAGUCCGGGGUGAACCGUGUGGUGUGGAAGAGGCCCAGACUGACCCACAAUGGCCCUGUCAGGAGGAGCACUGUCAUAGACCAGAUUCCCUUUCUCGCUGUGGCCAGAGCUUUGGGGGACCUGUGGAGCUAUGACUUCUACAGUGGGGAGUUUGUGGUCUCUCCAGAGCCUGAUGUCACUGUAAUGACCAUUGACCCUAAGAAGCACCGCUACAUCAUCCUGGGUAGUGAUGGCUUGUGGAACAUGAUGCCAGCUAAGGAUGCUGUCGCUAUGUGUGAGUGCCACGAUCAGAUGGUGGGCCCUAAGGGAUGGUCCUGUGCCAAACGGUUAGGAUGCACGGCCUUGCUGUUCUGGCGCCAGCGCAUGCUCCGUGCAGACAACACAACGGUCAUAGUGAUAACCGUGCAGCACCCUGAUGAGCCACCCAUGACCAUGCACCUACAGGAGCUCUAUGUCAAUAUGGCAGAGGGCCUUGAUAAGAUCCCCCCCGUUACAACCGCAAACUCUCCCCGCCGUUACGACGGCCCCAUUAUGCAAAACCCAGAGGUUAACACUGUGUCCUCUGUGGGUGAGCCUCUCCCCCUCCCAGCUCUGGAGUGGAGGAAUAGCCUGUGUGAGGCUGGUCUCUGUCCCCCUUCAGAGCCCCUGGCAGAGGUGGACUCACAGAGAGUGACCCCAACAGACAGAACCUUGAACGUUUGUUCAAUUGAAGGCACAGGGACUCCAGGGUUCUCAGCACCAUCCACCCCUCUGCUGAGGAGGCUUCGUAGGCCCCCACACACUCCCCUCUCUCCCAGCAUAGCACACCAUAGCCUUGGUCGGUCCCCUCACAGUCCCUUGUCUCCCAGGAUGCCUCGCCGCAGCCUGGCCCGUUCUCCACGCAGUCCCUUGUCCCCUAGAACGUCUCGCCGCAGACUCAGUGACCGAACCCCUCUGAGGCGAGGUGGAAAGGGACAGAGACGCUCCCCCAAUGUUCCCGUCAUCCUACCACAGAAACGCAAGGCUGCCUUGUGUGUGUGCUGAACCUCAUCUUACCACGGACGUCAGAUUGACUAGGAUGAUGACCUUUAUCAUUCUGCAAAGAGAUGCAUAAGGGCAUCUGAACAUUGUGUGCUCAUGUAUCAACAGUAUGCUACUGUUCCAUUCAUAGAUUAAGUAUACUUUUAUAGUGGGGUCUGGUACCAUCUAAACAUUUUUGUAAAAAUGUGAUGUUUGUGUAUAUGCUUACUUUACAUCUUAAGUGUUUUUAUGAUCUUUUGUUUAUUAACUGUUUUAAUGGAAAACAUAUUUUAUCUAGUGUAUAUUGCUGGUCAUAUUUCCACCCCCUUUUAUGUUUAAAAUAAUAAUAAUAAUAAAUCAAUAAAAAAUCCCAUAUUCUGUACCAAUAGAACAAUAUUAUACUAAAUACUUUCCAAACUGUACAUUAUUCAUACUUAGCAAUAUGUGUAUUUUUAAAAAACAUAAUAAUUGACUAUCCUGAACUAAACCACAGAGCCUGAAUGAAUUUGGUGAUAAAUGCCACACCUUGUUUUAACUUACAUGCGGAGA